UCUACCCAGCGAAUCAUCGUUUAGAACAGAAAAAACACCCGCCCCAUUUCCUUCCGACAUUUUGGUGGCUUUGUGAAAUUUACUGGCGGGUGGUUUUUGAAAUAGUUGUUUUGAACAAAAUUAGUCAGGAAUAUUCCAGGUAACAGUAAAUACUUAAAAAAUAAUGGCACUUUCUUUAAAAAAUACAAUUUCUGUUGAAAUGAUUGUCUCUUAUAGCAGGCUAUCAUAACAAUAACAUAUCUACCUAGUAAUUUCAAAAUUACACUAAAGCGUAGCUGUCAACUUGCAAAAUCAGAUGCAUUUUUAAAUGCAAAAAACGAAUUUCUUCAGUGAUAGAAUUUCUUUGAGUACGCUGCGUGAGAACAUUGCUUGCUAUUUGCUACAUUGUUGAGGCCUGAACCCUUCCCCGGGAAAAUUUGCUAGCCACUCUCAGCCAGAGUGUCUGUCACUCGCAGCAGGAGCCGCAAUAAUGGCGAAGGUUCAAGUACUAAAUGUCGCUGUCCUCGAUAACCCGAGUCGAUUCGGAAACCCAUUUCAAUUCGAAAUAACAUUUGAGUGCAUGGAAGACCUGCCAGAAGAUCUUGAGUGGAAGAUCAUAUAUGUGGGUUCAGCAGAGAGUGAAGAAUAUGACCAGACCCUUGACUCUGUUCUGGUUGGACCAGUACCAGCCGGGAGGCACAUGUUUGUGUUCCAGGCGGAUGCCCCAAACACGGGUCUGAUUCCAGAAAGUGAUGCUGUCGGCGUAACUGUGGCGCUAAUCACCUGUACAUACCGCGGACAGGAGUUCAUUCGUAUCGGGUACUACGUCAACAACGAGUACACCGACCCUGAGCUGCGGGAAAACCCACCCAUAAAACCUGACUAUGGACAGCUCCAGAGAAAUAUUUUGGCUUCAAACCCACGUGUAACAAGAUUCCAUAUCAACUGGGAAGGGUGUGCAGAAAGGAUGGAAGACUCAGAGAAUGUGGAUCCUGCCCCCAACUCUAUGCUGCCCCCAUCUUGCCUCCCGGGCAAGGCCCCACCCAUAGGGUUGCUACCUGACAACUCUAUGGACUGCUUGUAGAGGGAAACAUACAUAUACACAUAAUCUUCGAUCAACCCAAGCACUAUAAGCAGAAGAAUGGACGUGGACAUUCUGACUUGGAUGUACAGCCAGCUUUGCCUUACAGCUGCCCUUAUUUCCCAGAAACUGUCAACAACACACUCCCACCUUGGACUACAGUGUCUUGCAACCAAGACAAUCUUUCUGGAGUAAUCUUUAUUAUCUAUUGGAAGUUUUUCACUUUCGUGUAUAUAACAUGGUGAAAAAAAGUUGUAAAACUAAUUCAUCCCUUAAAUUUUAAUACUAUCAACAGGGCAACAGCUGAAGUAUCCAAGUUUCCAUAGAUGGUUAGCAGCUAAUUGGCAGAAAUACUGAUUCACACCAACUAGUCAGCUGUUAAUUAUGUGAUGUAAAUACCAACAGAGGAUUAUGACACUAGUGAAGCAAAAUGGAGGAAGAAAUGACUCAAGUUGCAGGAAGGAAAAUAAUGCUGUUAUUUGUUUUGUAAUUUCUGAGCCAUUGUGUUUCAGUGGUAAUGGUCCUUAUAGCAUUUGAGUUACACUUUCCCUGUUGGUGUUUUGGGAGACUGUUGGAUGGGUGGGGUGGGGGGGUGCUAAUAAUGGUAUGUACAUAUGUUUAUUUUCCUGUGUGCCAUUUUGUUUUUGAAAUAAAUAUCUUUUUGUUA